AUGGCACGACGCUGGUGGACACUUCCUUUGUUCCUCGUGAGCGCGCUUGCACCUUCAUUCUCAUUAGCUGGUCCCGCUUUCGAAAACACGGCUAUCGUCCGCACCAUCGAACUAGGUGGUUCGCUAGUACAUGUCAGUACAACUUAUGCAGUCAAGGCUCUCGAACCAGGACAAACUACAUAUCAAAUCGCGCUCAGCAAAGCUGAGCGAGCAAAAACAAGUUGGCUCGAGGCUAAAGUCAAGGCCAGACUACACCUCUCAAGCUCAGCGAGGAUGAGUCCAGGUGUUGCGGAGUAUUUGUUAUCUAUUUCCCUUCCAAAAGCUUUGGCUGUGAAUGGCACUCUCAACCUUGUGUUGGAGACUAUGCAGACUCAUGCUACACGCCCGUUCCCUGAACAGGCCGCUCAGAACGAGCCUCAGCUGCUCAAGUACGAAACUGACCUUUUCACCAUCAGUCCUUACACUACCCUCGUACAGCGCACAAAGAUAAAGUCCAUAGCGCCAAACGUCAUUUCCUAUACUACCCCACAUGACGUGGACAGUUUCGUGAGGGAUGGUUCUGUCACCAGAUCUGGGGGAACUAUUACCUAUGGUCCUUAUCACGACAUUCAAACGGACACAGAUUUCGUGGCAAAACAUCAACAAUCUGUCUCAGUUCAUUACAGCUUUGACUAUCCUGUUAUUGAGGUCGAAACGCUUCACCGCACGGCAGAGAUCAGCCACUGGGGUUCCAACUUGAAUAUUGAGGACAAGGCUCACCUCCAUAACGCUGGGCCCACUCUCAAGGGCCACUUCUCUCGCUUGGAGUACCAAAGCCAAAAUUUUCAACGCAAGCAAGCACCGCAUAUUCUCUCUGACUUCACUUUGCACCUUCCGCCCGGUGUGACCAAUGCAUACUUCUAUGACCAGAAUGGGAAUGUCUCCACAUCUCAUCUGCGCACGGCACCGUCAGUUGCAAAGGGCAGCAAGGCAGUGCAGUAUAGUGUGCUUCAAUUACGGCCACGCUACCCAGUUCUCGGGGGUUGGAACUACUCUUACACUAUUGGCUUCGACACGCCUCUGCAAGAUUCAGUCAGCUAUGACGCAAAGGACGGCGUAUACAUGGUUGGCGUACCUGUUAUGACUCCCAUUCCUGGAACUGUUGUUAAUGACGCCGAAGUCAAAAUUAUACUCCCGGAGGGUGCAACUAAUGUCAAAUUCGUCUCCCCUUUCCCCGAAAUUUCUAACAGUAUGUCAACACACAUCAGCUACCUCGAUACCGUGGGGCGCCCCGCCGUCACCUUUACAUACAAGAACUUGACUUACAAGCACACGGACAAUAUCUAUGUCUCGUAUCAGGUUCCCCUCUCGGCUCACUUGAAGAAAGUCCUGUCCGUUAGUGCUGCUUUCUUCAGCCUCUUUGCUUUUGCCUUCAUGGCCAGGCGCGUGAAUCUGAACUUACAUAAGAAGUGAUAUACAGUAGGCAGGCAGUUGAUGCAAUGAUGAAAAAAGAUUCUUGCUUG